AGACCGCAUGCUAUGGUUGUUCGGAGAAUUAUCGAAUUCACGAUCUUAAAGUCAUAUGAUUCACAGCAAAUAUAGCAACAAAUAUCCCAAUUCGCAUUUUUCAAAGCCACGAAACGUGCAUUGAGUUCGGAGCGAUAUCUGAAGUGAAGAUUGAAGACGUGAUAGAAGAUGGACGACUACUGCUAUGCUAAGAUGGCGACGUCCGCUAAAAGAGAACAUGAAAGAGAAUCAACUUCCAGCAAAUCACCAACGGAGAUAAAGACAAAAGAUGAAGGCGUCCAGCAGCUGAUCAGUAAUCCAGAAGAAGUUUCCCCUCAGUUAGGGGGGAGCUCCACUUUGAAGCAGGAGACUCCACAACCACCCUGCAUUAAAAAGGAAGAGGAGGAACUCUGGAUCACUCAGGAGGGAGAGUGUCUUCUAGGACGAGAGGAAGCUGAUUACACCAAGUUUCCACUGAAUAUUCUCUCUGUGAAGACUGAAGAUGAUGAAGAGAAACCACAAGUAGACAACCUCUUAGCUCCACUAUCAGAUAGUGAGGCUGAAGACGAGGUUGAAGAACCUUUGAGCAGCGAUAAAGACUCUGAAGAUGAUAUGAGGACUCACAUUGGCAACAAACACUCUGAAUGCUGUACAAAGAAGGGAGGUAAAACAUGUUUGAGCUGCUCAGUUUGUGCUGAAAGUUUUACUAAAAAGAGCCAUUUGACUCAACACAUGAGAACACACACAAGUGAAAGAACAUUUACUUGUUCCGUUUGUGGCAAAAGCUUUUCUCGAAAUAGCUUGUUGACUCAACACAUGAGAACACACACGGGUGAAAAACCAUUUAAUUGUUCGAUUUGUGGCAAAAGCUUUUCUCGAAAUAGCUUUCUGACUCUACACAUGAGAACACACACAGGUGAAAAACCAUUUAAUUGUUCAGUUUGUGGCGAAAGCUUUUCUCAAAAUAUUCAUUUGACUCGACACAUGAGAACACACACAGGAGAAAAACCAUUUAAUUGUUCAGUUUGUGACGACAGCUUUUCUCAAAAGACCCAUUUGACUCAACACAUGAGAACACACACAGGUGAAAAACCAUUUGAUUGUUCAGUUUGUGGCAAAAGCUUUUCUGUUAAGUGCACUUUGACGGAACACAUGAGAACACACACAGGUGAAAAAACAUGUAAAUGUGCAGUUUGUAGCAAAAUCUUUUCCCGGAUUACCUCUUUGACUCAACACAUGAGAACACACACAGGUGAAAAACCAUUUAAUUGUUCAGUCUGUGGCAAAAGCUUUUCUUUUAAGAGUACUUUCAUUGAACACAGGAGAACGCACACAGGUGAAAAACCAUAUAAGUGUUCAGUUUGUGGCAAAAGCUUUUCUGUUAAAAGCAAAUUGACACAACACAUGAGAUCACACACUGGACUAAGACCAUUUAAUUGUUCAGUUUGUGGUAAAACCUUUCCUUACAACAGCUCUUUGUGUCGACACAUGAGAACACACGCUGGAGAAAAAACAUUUAGUUGUUCAGUUUGCUGUAAAAGGUUCACACAUAAUGCAGACGCAGUAAAACACUUAAGAACACACAAGAGUAUAAAUAACCAUCUAGCUGUUUAGUUUGUGGUAUGUUGCUCAUAUGUGGCGACAUCCACCCUACCCAGGACCUCCUCACUGCUUCUUUCACAAAUAUCUGAGGUAUUCCUACAAACUUGGAUUAUUUGGAGCAUAAUCUUAUCUACUCAUGACCCCAUGUCUUCUCUGUAUCUGAAACCUUCCUGAACAGUAAGAUAGAUGAUGCUUCAAGUGCUUGGUUACUCCUUCUUCAGUCCAGGGACCUGGGGCCUCAUGUGUCAAGUUUGUGCACGCUCAAAAACCUGCACUACACCCUUUUUCACUGCAAAGUUGAGAUGUCUCAAAACUGACUUGGAUGCAUAAGUGAUGCUGGGUAACUGUUUGCAUAACCGAGUGCCAACUUUUACUCCUCCAACUGAUUGAUGUGCAAAUCAGAGACAUAUGAACAAUCAACCUCCAACACUCACAACCCAACCCCCACCUCCCUCGACAUUCGGGCAUAACAGGUUGAAUUCAGCUGCAUUUUUUAAUGAAAGAAACUGCUUUUUUAAAUGUGUCCACUGGAUGUCACAAUAGCAAUUCUGUUAGGCAAGCAAAU